AGAAAUUAACCAUUUCCACAAAUGCUCACCGUCAUGUAAAAUCAUACAAAGAUACUUUUUGAGAAAGAAAACGACAUCUGGGAUAUUUUCUAGCUUUGUUCAGUACCUAUUUUAGUCAUGGUACAUAUUCACAAAUCAUGGAUUAAAUGUGUUCAAGGUCGGACAGACGGUUGGUAUUUUGAAAUGUCGGUCCGAAGGUGUAGGGCCGUAAAAUCAUCUGGGUACAGCCUGGCACAGCCGAUAGAUCCCGGAACGCUAAUACAGGACUCAUUAAAAAGGAGAUGGGUCACGGGUUCUGCGAUUGGUCAGGGUGGAUUUGGACGUAUAUACUCAGCCAAACUUGAAGGCGAAAAAAAUUUUCGCUAUGUCAUUAAAAUAGAACCGCAAGAAAACGGGCCACUUUUUACGGAAAUGCACUUUUACAUGAGGGCAUGUUCAGAAGACUCAAUCAAUUCAUGGAAAGUAAAACACUCCCUCAAAUACCUUGGUAUUCCGAGGUAUAUAAGCAGUGGAUCAAUCAAUUUAAACAAAGCAGCUCUCCGAUUUCUUGUAAUGGAUCGGUUUUCUGGAGAUUUGGAAACUACACUAAAAAAUAAUGAAAUAUCCACAUCUGGUAUUCUAGAAGCCUGUGCAAAUGUGUUAAAUGCGUUGGAAUAUUUGCAUUCAAGGGACUAUGCACAUGCAGAUAUCAAAGCAUCAAAUCUUCUUCAUAGAACGUCGCAACAGGAGGUUUAUUUAGCUGACUUUGGUCUAGUUCACUUAUUUCGUUCCAAAGGUGUACAUACUGCUGAAAAGGCAGAUCCAAAAUUUCGUCACAAUGGAACAAUAGAAUUUUGUUCAAGAGAUGCACAUAAUGGAAUUCCACCAUCUCGUAGAGGAGAUUUGGAAAUUUUGGUUUACAAUCUCAUUCAUUGGUUAGCUAGAUCUCAUCCAAAUGCCCCUCAAUUGCAUUCGACAGGUCUUCCUUGGGGACAUCUCAUAUCAGAUCCAAAACUGCGUGCAAAUGUUCCUGAUCGUGUGAAAGUGGCUGUGGCUACCUUAAAAGAGAAAACAAUGAGAAACCCUGCUGAAUUGGUAUCACAAGCUGGUUACGGACCUAAUCCUGAUAUACUAGCAUUUAUUCAAUCUAUCAUAAAGCUGAAUUAUACAGAUACACCAGAUUAUUCUCGUCUACGUCAAUUAUUGUACAAUGCAAAAUGUUCUUUCAGCAAUAAACAAUCUACCGUCUUGCCAAGCUAUAAAUUAACUAUGGAAUCGGAUGAAACAAGUAUCAAAGCUUCGCCUUCACGGCGUAAAUAUAAUAUAGAUAAUUCUUCAAAGAUCAAUGAUUCACGCGCUUUAAAUUCAGUGGAGAAUUUGGAACUUAUUCAUACAAUUCCAAAAACUCCAGAUAGUUUACCUAGUAAACGACCCCGAGGUCGUCCACCCGGUCGUUCCAAACAGUUAGAGAAUAUAUCACCAGCUGUUACUUCUUCGUCUGAAGUAGUAGACUCUCUAAAACACUCUAAAAUAUCUGAGAUUGAUGCGAAACCAAAGAAAAUAUCUACAACCUAAUGAACCUGAACAAGCAAAAUUCAUUUCAAUAUUAAUACAAAAAUAAAUUUCGAAGGUCGUGUUAAAUGAUGCCUAGAAUAUAUUUUUUAGAGAGUUGUCAAAGAAGACUGACCAGAAGAACAAAUGAUCUACAUAAAUAAAUUUACAAUAUCUAUUUAAACAGAACGGAAAGUUAGCAUAUGUUAAUAUCAACUAUUCAAAAGAGAAAAUCAUGUUCAACUACAGCAAAAAUGUAAGGUAUGAGAAGUUGUAGUGACUGAGACGUUUGUUUGACAUUUCAAAGCUUUUCAGAUUAUUUGAAGGAUUCGACUAUUCCACUUUCAAAGUCCAAUUUUCUAUACUCACCUGUGACGAUUCCCGAAUUUUGUUAGAGCAUAUGAUUCUUUCGCAGAGUGCGAAUCUCAUUUGUUUGUUGUUUUACUUAAGCCAAAUAACAUUGAGCGAUAUAAGAAAUGGUAGACUUUAUAUGAAUAAGGUUUAUAUAACAGAGCUCUCAUUCAGUGUGAACAUAAAUUACUUCUGGGUAGUAUUUAUAGAUUAGAUAUGACUGAAUCCCAAAAUGAGAAUAAUUUAAGAAAAUUCUCUGCUUAGGAUAUACACACAUGUAAAUAGUAGAUUCUGUUCUAUUUAGACUACUGAAAAUUUGGAGAAGAUUAAAGACAGUUUGGCGAAGAAAAUAAAUGAGUGGAAGAAAACGAUUAGUUAUGAAAGUUAAAAAGGAAAUUUAAGACAAUGGUAGGAUUAGGGAUUGGAUGUAUUGUCUUUGCUCAUAAAGGUUGGAUUUGAAGUGGUAGAUAUCGAGAACCUCUAGUGCACAUGAGGUUUUAACUUUUAAUCCUUUUUUAACGAAUAAUUUUAAGCCUAUGAAUGAUUUUGGUGAAGCUAGGUGACCAGGUUCUUCAGGGUUGAGUUUUUAACUGACGUUUGUAGUCUUUCAGAUAGCCAAGCAGGGCAAUAUUCGGAAAUGAGCUUUGAAAUGGCUCACUUUGUGCGGUCAUUAUAGCCUUCUCUAUAUGGGAAAGUAAACUGAUGGAUUCACAAUGAUUUGAUACAAAUUAGGAGCUAGUCCUCCACGCAACUAUGAACCGAAGGCUCAUUAGAUGACACAACAAUAAGUUCAUCCCAAUAAAACACUUUUCUUGGACAUCUCAAAUUUCUGCCUCAACAUCUUUAAACUAGAUAUUUAUAAGGUGGGUCUUCUUGGGUGCUAUAAACACUCUUUCACGUUAUUUUGGUUUCAAAUGUUUCAUAAAAAAUCUAUGUAGAUAACCACUGUUGAUCCAUAUCUGUGAUAGUUUACCGAGUUUGAUGUCAGUUGUAUAAUCGGUACAGACACAUCUAGCCCUUGCGCAUAGAGAGUGGAUCAGGUUUCUGUUUACUUUCAUUAUGACACAACUUUGAAAAAUUACAGAUCGGCUUUCUAUACAUCAAUCUUUGCAGAGAAAAAUAUCGGGUAUUUUUUUACAAAAUAUUUCAGAUGUGGAACUCCGAUUCCAGCUCUGAUUCGUUUGCAAACUUUGUUGAUUGAUAAUAGCUGCUGAACUUCUCAAGGAAGUCAUUAAAAUAGAUAUUUUUGUCAUAAAUAUCCCUUGUAUUGGUAAGAACUAUUUAUUGUUGGUCUAAUUAUAAUCUUUUCAAGAUUAGCAAUGAAAUAAUCACUUAAAAGUGGGCCAGCUAGUGACUUCGUUGAUCCCUAACCUAAAUUCGAAUUGGACGUUGCAAGUGCAUUGAAAAAAUGUUUUCCUCAGAAAGUAUAUGAAGUUAGCUAUUUUCAAUGUUAUCACAUAGUAGGAAGAUCUUUUCAGUGAGAGGUAACCUUGCUGAAUGAAUUCAGGAUAAAUGUUACUGGUUUAUAUUUAACAAGUACUCCAAUAUAUGUUUCUACAAAAUAGACUAAAAGUUGUUGUUUUAUAGAUUAAAAGUUUGUUUUUUAAGUACCGAGAUAAUGUUAUCUUUUGUAUGACAUCUGAAAAACUUAUACGUAUAUUUUAUGUAAAUUAAUGAAGUGCUCAGUACAAUCAAUAAAACCUAUUGAAAAUGUUGUGCAUUACCAAUUGUUUCUAGCUAGUCCAUUACUGAAAGACAGUGAACACUGGAUAUCUGUUAUGUUUCAAACUUUGAACUAUUCGUAAGUAUGUACCAGUCAUUUCAAUCCCAAAUGAACUCAAGACAUUCAUAUUUUAUAGCGAGUGCGUUAUCUUUAGAUGAUGGAAUUGGUGUCCAUCGGUAUAUGUUUUUAACUUCAAUCGAUGAAUGAUGAGUCGCAGAAUCAAGCGAAACAGCUAUCUAAUGUUUAUUGGUUUUCAAUGGUUCUUCAUAAUAAAGAAAACUAGUAUCUACUUAUAAAUUAAGUUUGAAUUGAAAUCCUCACCCUAAUUAUAAACACAAUCUGUUAGAAAUCUAUGUAAACUUAGUAAUUACCUGUAACCUUAGUAUGUUUCGAUCAACUUCAUCACGUUUUCGUUCUAAACGCAAUUGUUCAGCUGCUUGUAAUUCAAUUAUUUUCCAUUUAUGAUUUAAUGAUUUAGAUAAUUCGGUAAAUAUGUGAUUUUCAGGGUCAGUAGUUUGGAAGCCACCUUUUCUCAAAUUCUUUUUCAUCAGAUAUAUUGAGUAAUCUAUAUCAUCUACUUUAGAUAUUUUGGAUAACCAGUAAAAUGGAGCCUAUGGAGAAAGAGGGAUUGUGAAAGGGAAUAAAGGUGAAAUUAUCAGAUAAUAAUCAUCUGGCUUUCAUUUCUUUUCUGUGAUAGAUUAACGUUACUCACAUAAAAUGGACAAAAGCAUUUGUAAAUGGACUGAAAGUUGUUUCAUCCAGAUUUCGCAACUUCUUUAUGCUCAAUUUAAACUGUCAGUUAGAAUUUGUAUCAUUUUGAAGUUUAAUUUUUGAAUGGCUAAUGUCUUAGACACAAAUUUCUGCCGGUAAAUACAUCAUCAAUGGUUAGAUCAUCAUCAUUAUCACAUUCUUAUGAAAUAUCAAAGUUAACUAGGAAGCAAGGUGAUCAUCUUACUUGCUUACGUGAGUAAGCAAGAUGAUUUUAGCACGUCUCUGUGAAUCUGAGGUUGAAAUCUAUUUAAAUUCUAAAUAACAUAUCUUAGUUGGUUAGAAUAAAUCUUCUAGAAGAUCUGAAACUGUUUCGUGUUGCUUAAAAAAUUCAUCAGUACGGUCUGAUUUUAUCCUUGGUGGAAUUGAUAUUUUCAGGGAUUUUGAUUUCGGGUCAUCCUAUUGGUACUUAGCUAAUUAAGCCAUCACCUGACUUCUUGUAGAAGUGGAUUACUUACACUAAUUACCCACUUAGUACUAACAAAUGUUUUGCCAUGUAGCCCUUACUGAUGAAUAAAUCCUAUCAAUCAUGUUACACGAGUUUAAUUGACUCGACUUCUAAUUGGACUAGAUCAGAUGUCACGAGCAUAGAAAGAGUCAGUAGGAUGCCGAAAACCUAGAUUUGGUGCUCACUGGCACUCAUCAACAAAGCAUAUCUACAGUCUUACAAAUUGAUUCAUGGGACUGUACCACCACUAAGAAUCAGAUCGAACGACAUUGGUUAUUGAUCAUCGAUCACUUAGUGUUAACUAAUGUAUUUUAGCGGGUAUUUUAUGACUUAUGAAGGUAUGUUAUUAGAUUGGGUUGUUUCAGUGCCUAAAACAACAACCCUCAAUUUUCGUACGGGUAAAAUCAAAUUCAAGAUGGGACACAAACCAUUUUGAAUGGCACUGACAAAAUAACGUAAACAUAGUCAAUUUAACCAACCUGAAAUCGAUACCAGUAAGUUUUAUUCAACUUAAAGUAUGGUUGUGAUGAAUCAGUGAUACGAAAUAUAUAUCCAUAAAAUAAAAAUAGUUCAGUUAUAUGCAAUGCUUCUUGUUCAUUAUCUGUUGGAAUAUUUUCUUGAAGCCAACUAACAAUUGUACCACCUUGGAAAGCAUAAUGUAAAUAUGGAUCUGGUUGAAAUCUAAACAGAAAUAAAUUUUAAAAUAAAAUAAAAUAAAGAAUCAAUAUACUCGUGAGUUAUUCCAGUUUUUUUCGAAUUCAUUUGACCAAUAAUUUGUUCCAUUUUAUGUGUUUGUAAACUACGAUAUUGUAAAUCUAAUGAUUCCGUUCCAGACAUUUUGAUGGAAGAAGUCGUUUCUGAAGAAAAAUCAAAAUUUGUUGAGUAUCAUAUUUUUUUUAAAAAUAGAAUUGUUCCAAUAAGAAUCUCAGACAAUUCAAAGACUUUUAAAUUAAAGUUGUUCAAAGACAUUGAGUAUGUAUGCUCAAUGUUCACUAUAUUUAAAAAAAUAAAUGAGUUCCACUAGUAUUUUAGAUGAUAACGUGCACUGAUAAAAGACUAUGUGAAGUAUGUCUUUAGAAAAUAGAUUAUACUAACUCAUUGCUUAUUGGACUACAUUACCUUAUCUAUUACCAACAGUGUAAAUCAACAGAGGUCGAUUAUUUCUUGAAAAAGAAACAAAUACUGCAAAUGCUAAUAUGUCAUCCACUAAGAUAGAGAGUUUAUCCUUACCCAUCUAACAAAUUCUAAACAGGAUGAAACAUGAGUCCUGGAUUCGAUGGUUAGAUAUUAUCCAACUUGACUAAAAUACUUGUGAUUAAAUGUACAUAUCAAAACAAUCCCCUCAGGUCAAGAGGGACUAACCAAGUGUAGUCCUUAAUAUUAACAGCGAGAAAACUCAAAUAUUUACGUACGAAACAUUCAUACUAACCCGGAUAAGAUUGAAAUAUAUUGAAUAUGUUAAUCAUUAUUAUAAAUUUCUACUUUUAGAAGUCAGAAUACUGAAUUUUAAAUUCUCAAAUGAAAACAUCUCGAUGAGUGUCGACAUUUUAUUCGCUUUUAUUAAUGUAAUUCAUUAAUUAAUAUUCUUGUACAGUUUGGAUUUUACUUUAGUUUAUUUUUUCACGUAUUCAUGUUUAUAUUUGAUUUGGAUAGUAUUGAGUCAUUUGACCUAUUAGGUUUAGUUAUGGAGCUUUCAUUGUCCUUCCUCAGUGCUUACUUCAGAUAUUAGUACCAAUAAAUGUCUUGGUUGUAAUUAUCCAUAGGAACGAAUAAAUGAUGAGUACAAUCAUUUAGUAAAACUACUUUAUGUUUUAUCUCUUAAAUACUACAUUUUCUCAAUAGGCUGUUGGAAUGAUAUGAGUAGAUUCUGUUCAAGAACCUGUAUAUGACAAUCUAACCAGUAUGUGGAAUAGUAAUACUACCUGCUUGUUGGGUUAUUUCGUGAAGCGCUAGUCUAGUAGUGACGGCAUUCAACUUUUAGCUACUGAGUUCCAGGCUCUAAACCAUCCAACCUAUUUUGGUUUAGGUAACCAGUUAAGAUUAUUAGAGUUCUCACAUAUAGUGUGGCUGAUACUCAUGUACAUGGCGACUGAGUUUAUUAUUUUUAAUGUUAUUUUCACAGUAUAAAUUGAAACUCUUGAUUUAGGUGUGAUUAUAGAAAAUAAAAAACAAUUGGAUAUGCAAAAAAAAGAGAAGAGAAAAAAUAUAACUGAAUAUAACUUGAAAUCAAGUUUAUUUCUUAGACUGACAUCAAUUAAAUAACUAAUUGAAGUUCAAAGGUCGUUUAAUAAUAUAUCCAUUCUAAUUUAUCACUGUCUAACGAAACCGUAAAUCUCAAAGAGUUUCAAUACAUUCCAGACCAUUUUAAGUCAAAUUACUCAAUUGCACAUACUAACCAAUUUUAAGUUCCAUUCAAUUCACUAUAUUACACAAUGAAAUAACUUGAUUAAACUAUACAACAAAUUACUUGACUUUGUGUACUGGCUUAUAUUGCAACACAUAAACAAUUCAAUACUAAUAUAAUAAUUCAAUAGUAAAGUAUUUCAUACAUCAUUUGAAUGUUUUAAGUUUAGCCAAUUAUAAGCUUUAAGGUUACAUUACCAGAAAAUACUAUUUUAGUUCUAAAAAAAUACUCCAGUUAUUUUGUACUGUACAGCAAUGUUUACAAGUUUAAUUAAUAUUAAUUUAUAAUUAAAUAUAGCAUUUCAACUCGAUUUCUUAACAUUUCAACAGGGUUUUUUAAAAUAUCAGUAUAGGGUUAUGGAGAUUAUUAAGUUAUGAAUUGAGAUCUUGAGCCGAUUAAUGUUAGACCGCCAUUGAAAACCUGAAAGCACUGGAUGGCUGUUUCGCCCUAUUGUGGGACUCGUCAGAAGUGCGCAUCCACGAUCCCGCUCGCGGGACUUGAACCCAAGUCCUUCAGUCUCGCGCGCGAACACUUAACCUACUGAAACACUGAGUCGUCAUCCAACGGUGUUAAUGUC